UCCGCUAUCUCUCAUUUCUUAAGGCUCACUCCUUAGUGAAAUUCCUCCUAAUACUUUCCCAAUUUUAGAGGGAAUACAUAAAAGUUUGGUCACCCCACUUUUAUUUAGUAAAGAGUAAAGACCUCCCCACAAAUCACAAUCUCACUUUUCACAUCUCUUUAUUAUUUUUGUCACUCUCAAGUUACAACCACCCUUACAAUUUCAAUAAAAAUCAGAAAAAGUUGAACAAAUCCUCCCUUAAAUCUUAACCAAAAAAAAAAAAAACCUUCAUUAUCAUUUCCUUUAUGUACUCACAAACUACCCCCAACUGCUUUUUUCCACUUCCUAUUUCAAUAUAAUAUCUAACACGUCAUUUUAUCUCAUCUAACCAAAUAAAAUAGGGAAAUUUCCUCAAGUACUCUGAUGUUUGACGUAAUUUUCAAAUUACCUUUCACACUUGGAGUAUCUCUUUGAUACCUCUAAUUUUUGUGUUUGGACUCAAGAUACCCUUAUUAUACACCGAAAUUUAAACUUCAAAAUUUAAUAAGGAUAUUUUGAAAAUUAAGCCAAACUUCAAAGAUAUCUCAUAAAGUUCCCAAUAAAAUAUAAACAUACCCAUAAAACCUUUAGUAGUAGUAGUAUUACACUAUUACUACAAACUUCAAACUUCAUAUUGUAACCUUCUAUCUUUUUUUCACAUUCCAACGUUUGAAAAGCUUAAAAACCUCCCUUAUUUUUCUUGCACAUCUUCAUCCCUUCCUUCUUCAUAUCCCAACGACGGGAUAACGCCGAGAUCUCGAUUCCGACGACGGUUUCAUUCAACACCUUACAUCAAACCUACAAAAGGGUUCAAUGGAUUGGUAUUCUUGGCUAUCAAAAACAACCUUAGAGCCAUCAAUAGUGUAUGAAUAUGGGCUAUCAUUUGCACAAAAUGAGCUAGAAGAAGAAGAUAUAUCAUACUUCAACCAUGAAUUCCUUCAAAGUAUGGGCAUUACUAUAGCCAAACAUAGGCUAGAAAUACUCAAACUUGCUAGAAGAGAAAAAAGUCAUGGCUUAAACUUGAAACAUCCUAUGGUAAAACUCUUCCUUGCUUUGAAAAAAACCAAAAAAUCUUUGGUUAAUUAUAUAGCAACUUUGGUUCAUAAAGAUAAUGAUAGAGCAUUAAUUGUUUUCUCAAACAAGAAGAAAAACAACAAGAAAAGUGGUGGUGCUAUUAGUUAUAGUUCAAGGUGGAAGAGAUCAAUGAUGAUGAGAAGUAAUAGUAGGAGAUUAGUGAUGGUUAGUAAUACUAAUCAAGAUAGAUUAGUGCUAACACAUGAUGAUAAUGAUUAUUUAGGUGAUAUUAAUGAAGGUGAUUAUGAUUCAGUGGUUGUUUCUACACCUAAACUUGAUAGUUAUUCUAGCCCUAUGAUGUAUGAUCUUCAUCAAAACAAGGAAGAAAAAAUCCAUGAUGAUCAAGAAGAUGAUCAUCAGUAUUGGACUCCAGCUCUUGAAGAAAUCAGGUGGGAUGCUAUGUUUCAGGAUCUUAAACCCACUUAAUUUUUUUUCUUUUUCAUGCAAGAUUUUUUCUUUUUAUAAUUUUCCCUUUUGACUGUAUUUUUCCACCAUAGAAAGUUGGAAAGUAGAUAGAUUUUGACUUUUUUUUGUUUGGGUAAGUUUUUUUUUGUUUUGUUUGGAGAUCCCUUCUUGUCAGGGGUGAAAUUCGACCCCGUGAUCUGUGAAAUCGAAGGUGGUGUCAAUAUCACUAGGUUAUCACCUGCUGGCUGCUGCUCUGUUUGGGUAGGUGGGUCUUGGUGAAAAAAGAAAAAAAAAAUUCCAACUUUAUGGUACAAAAGUUAAGGAUGGUAUUAGUAAUAAAAUAUAGUUUGUAAGUACUUUAUGUUAUCUUUAAUUUAUGUAAAUGUAGACAUAAUGAGUGCAGGAAAUUUGUUUAUGUAAUGUUAACUGGUAUGAGUUCUGGAUAUUCAGAGAGACCAUAUCAGAUUUCUGUAACCCAUCUUUGUGUGACUGUUUUGGAUGAUUAUUUUAUAUAGUAUGUUAUUAGAUUCAUAAAA